CCACCUCUCUUCCUCCAUAGAUAGUCUUAUAAUCUCUCUCAUCUUCUCAGUCUCAGACUGCUAAGCCUGCAUAACAUUUGGGUACAUAUAACAAAAGCAGACCUCUCUCUCUCUCUCUCUCUCUAUACAUUUCAGAAGCAGAAACUAGCUUACUUCACUCUCUCUGCUUCCUAUGAAACGCCAUUUUCAAUGCUGCAACGUUCACAAGCCUAAUACGAUAUGUAAAAGCUAUCUUUAUCUCGUACUCUCCUCACACGUUCUGUCUCUCUCUUUGCUCCCACUAUAAAAACCCUCCUUUCAAAGCCCUAAACAAGUUGCUCACUCCCAUCUCUCUCAGAUCCUCCUCUUUUCUCUCUCUUUUUUCACCAUGGAAGCUCUGUACUUCUUCAAGUUCUGGAGACCCAACAAAAAUUACCUACCCUCUAAUGGAAAUAGUGACACCACCGAGAUGGCAACAACUGGGGUCGAUACAGAUGAUGAGUUAAAUGAAGAGGAAGACUCCUUCUUUGAAUUGGAGUUUACUGUGCCUGAUUUUGACAACAAUAAGUGCGAAAACAAAAACGGCAUCCCACUAGACAGCGAUAGUAACACUUUUGACUCUAAGCAAAAAACUCUCCACAACUCGGCCAACAAAGCCGGCAAUAUCGAGCACAAAUUUCCACCACCAACUGUUUCUCUGUCUCCUACUGAUCUCCUCUCUAAAAGAAAGAUCCUUCCUGUCGAGCCCAUAUCUAAACCUCAGUCUCCCAUCUCCCCCCUUAAAUCAGCUCCAAGUUUUAGAGUCCUCAUGUUCAAGAAAUCAAAGUCAAUGGCAGAGCAUGAAGCAGGAAAAACUGGGGAAGCAGAGUUGAAGGGCGUCUUUGUCGACACUCCAAAGAAUAAAAAGCAAGAAAGCAAGCUUUUCACAGUUAAAUUCAAGCUCAAAGAAGCUGCAAAUGUUCCUAUGUUCACAAGGGAAAAUAGUUUGAGAAAACAGAUCUCAGAUGAUUCAUUCCCUAAUGAUUCAUCAAGGAGAUUCUCCAAGGAAGUGAUACAAAAGUACUUGAAACUAAUCAAGCCCCUGUACAUCAAAGUUUCCAAAAGGCAAAGUAACAAGCCGAAAUUCUCAGGGGAGUUAUCAGCGCCAUCACCGUCAUCUUCUCCAGCAACACUACCUUCUGGUUCGCCGAAGGAGAAACAAGGGAGUAUUCCAGCGGGGAUCCGAGUGGUCUGUAAGCAUCUAGGAAAGAGCAAAUCCGCAUCUGCGGCUACCACAGUUCUGCCAUCAACGGUAACUAGGAGAGAUGAUUCGCUGCUUCUGCAGCAUGAUGGUAUUCAAAGCGCCAUCCUGCAUUGCAAGAGAUCUUUCAAUUCUUAUAGUUCUAGAGAUUCUUCCUUCUUGUCGCAAUAUGAGGGUGAUACUUUGAAUGAUAAAUCUAUGGAUUCACCGAGAAUUUCCCAUGAAGAGAAAGGAGUUCAUUAGCAUUUUCAAGCCCCAUAUCUCAAUUCUCAGGAGAGGAAAAAGCGGGAAAAUUGCUGUUCUAUGAAACUGAAAGCAAUACAAAGAAAAGAAAUUGAAUGGGGGGCUCUGUUUUUGUUUUGUUCUAAAGAAAAGAGAAAAUGGUUGAAAAAAGAAAAAAAGAACAGAAAGAAUCAAAGUUAUAGGCAGGUAGAUUAGUUUUGUGAUCCUUAGCCAUGGACAUGAUGGUGAGUAAGGACAAAUGGGUUCCCGGUUGUUGUCUGUAAAGUUGAUGGGUCAUUAUGAGUAACUUGAAAGGAAAUCUGAUAUUGGGAUCUUUUAUUUUUUUGCAUCAGAAUACUAUUCUCUGUGCGGUCUUGUAUUCUGCAGUUCAGAUAAUGUUUUCUUAGAAAUAUGGCUUCAAUUUUUCUUA